GAAGCGAUUGGCCGUUAAGCAUGAAUCGAAUUUACGCCCCGAUCCUCAUCCUCUUUCUUGCACCGACUCACGGGGUGCUGGGUCAUUCCAACUUUGAUGUGAUGUUUGACAAGAUCGACCAGCUCAACGGCACAGACCUGCUGGACCUCGCAAAGCUGCGAGUACGCAAAUUCAAUCGAACUAUUUCGAUACUGGAUGGGAGUAUGGAGCUACGCAAAGACGUGGAUGAUAGGACUGAGCUGUCCGUUCGGUUGGCGUACAGUUCCAAGGGUAACAAUCAGUUCAACGAGUACCCGAUGAAAAUCGCCCCGCAGAAGAUCUGCCAGUUUUUCAACUCGACCUGGCGUGAGUACUAUUCGUACUUCAACGAGACGACUAAUUUCCCCGAAAUUGGAGAGUGUCCCGUAAUGGCGAAGGUGUUUACCGUGAAAAACCAUAUUCUGGAUGCCUCUAUGUUCCCGCCUUACAUGCCGAAGGGCCUUUGGAGAUUUAGUAUCAUGGGACACACCGUUGGUCAGGAAGAGGUGAUCAUAAACGUUGACGUUUACUUCAAGCUGGAGGAUAAAGGGAUUUUCUGAAGCAUCUAUGUAUGAGUAGACUACCUUUAUUUUUCAUUGUAUCUAAAAUGAAUAAAUUUGGUUCUCUGUUUUCUUUUGACGUAGAAUUGCGUGUUUCGAGAACAUAUCGGAGGGUAGACAAU